AUGAAACAGUUCAACUGCUCUGCUAGGGUUUCCUUAUCUCAAACUACCAAGCAUGCCUCUUCUGAUUCCAUUGGUGACGGCUCAAGCUCUGAUGAAGAGGAUGACAAUGAGGGGGAUCAGGGUGAGGGCGCUGCGAGGAUGGUUGAUGCUGCUGUGCGUGCUGAACGUCCUUGCUAUCCUCUUUUCAUCGACGGGAUUGCUGAUUCAGUGGACUACUUCCAGAUGAAGGACCUUUUUAAGCAACACGGUAUGCUGACAAAUGUUUUUCUUCAGCGUAAGAGGAGAAGCGGGAGAAAAUUUCGCUUCGGAUUUGUUCGGUACGCCAAGAAAGAAGACGCAGUUAAAGCCAUGGAAUUUUUGGAUGGUGUUAGGUUGGGUGGUGCUUACAUCUCAGUUAAACCUGAGAUUUCUGCUGGAAAGAAGGGGAAGAGUUCUAGUCGCAGAUGCUCUGUUCCAGGAGUUUCCCUUGCGUCGGAGAUGUUACCCCGCAUUCAGAGGACUUUCAAGGACCACACCACCUCUGUUUUUGCGGCUAGCGGCUACUUGGAGGCAAGGGAGGUUGUUGGGGAUCCGGUUCCCGCUCUAUAUGAUGUUGGUUCUUUGAGUUGUGAUGGACAAGGCUCUUUUCAUCCAUCGCAUUCUUGUUUUGAGGUUGGCGCGUGCUCUGGUAGCGGUUCCAUUCCUAUUAGGGAUAAUCUUGAUUGUUUGGAAGUUUUUUCAGAUUCUGUGUGGGAGGAGGAUGUCCUCGUGGUGGAUGCUGCUGCAUAUGGUCAUGAUCCCGCUCUUGAUUUUUCUCCUCCUAGGCCCCGUCCUCGUGGUCGCCCUAAGAAAUCUAAAGCGGCGAAGGUGGCGAGUCCUCGGCGGCCUAGGAGUCGACCCCGUAAAUCGGAGAGUGUGACUAUCGCUAAUGUGCCGGCCCCGCGCAGUCCUCCUUCUCCUUCGGGUCCUUAUUUCACGCGAGCAAAGAAGGCUUGGCGUCUUGCUCAGUUUGCAGGCAUGUCUUUCCCUGGUAGUGAUGAAGAUGCUAUUCAAGGGUUGCCGAAGUUAUUAAAGAAAAUUUUCCUUUUAUGA